AUGAUUUGGAGACUGUUAUUCAUCUUACUGAUUGGAAGGCUCUAUGAAACUGAGCAGACAGCAGAUCUCUGCAACAAACAGAAUAUAAAUCUGACUGGCAAGGAAGCAUCUCAGUCUUCAACCUACAGUUCUCUGGGAAUAUUUUACACUGCUGACAAAGCCUUUAAUGGGGAUCGCUCCUCAUGUUCUCACACCCUGCAGCAGAACAACUCCUGGUGGAGAAUUGACCUGAAGGCUGUUUACAACAUUUCCUGUAUGUCUAUAUACAACAAACCUGGUUAUAAUACUGAUAUAUCAGGCGCAAAGAUCUACAUUGGGAACUCUCUACAGAACAACGGCACCAAGAACACACUGGUUUUCAACAUCACAAGCUUCCAAAAGGAUCAGAUAAAUGUCUUCGAAUUUCCCACAUCGGUGUCUGGACGCUACGUCACUGUGAUCAGACCAGGAAACCAAUUCAUGGUUCUUUGUGAGGUGAACAUCACUGGCACAGAGCUAGAGUGA